AUGUGCGCACCAAAGUUACACUUUUCAGGGCGCUCCGUUUGGGCGGCAACUUUGCUGCUGCACUUCUUGCAGCUGGUUUCAGCUGCCGAUGGAUUCGGGUUGAAUCUGAUGGCGGUGACCAAUGAGGAUCGGUCGGAGGGCGCCUGCAUCCUGGCAAUGCUCAGAAAGUACUUUGACUCUGGCGACAGUCUGUCCGGCUCGGUGCUGUGCAUCAGCCGCAACUAUCAGCUGCACAGUGUCCAGGAGCGGCUGCUCCGUGGCAUGAAUUUGUAUGACGGCUACCCAUGGACGCUGCUGGUCACGAAUCCCAGGGGGGAGUCCUCUCUACCCUCAGAGUUCGUGAUGCACGAGAAGCCGCAAUGCUAUUUCCUGAUGGUGGGAAAUCUCGAAGACGAGGACCUGGACGAGGUGUUCGACCACUGGAAGGGCAUGCUGAACUGGAACCCACUGGCGCAGUUUGUGGUCUACCUGGCCCCCGUGGAGGAGACGGACGAGGAGAUGACCGACCUGAUGGUGGAGCUGCUGCUCACCUUCAUGAACAAGAAGAUCUUCAACGUGAACGUGAUUGGGCAGAGCGAGGAGAACCAGUUCUACUACGGCAAGAGCGUAUUUCCCUAUCAUCCGGACAACAAUUGCGGCAAUCGGGUGAUCGCCGUGGAGCUGCUCGAUGCCUGCGACUAUCCGAGUGAGAGUGGGGGCGACACGGACUAUGAGUAUGAGGAGGAAGAUGAUAGUGAAGGUGACAAUGAAGGGGAGUUCGAGGAGGCUGCUGAAAAUGGGGGAGAAGACGGUACUGAAAGUACGGCAGAAAGUGAAGAAAGAACGAAUGAAGCGGGUGAAGAUGAAACUUCUGACGAUGAUGUUGGAGGAGAUGAAGCCGGUGAGGCUGAAGAACAAGAAGCUAAUAAUGAUGGAGAAGAUGAACAAGUUGGAGAUGCUGAAGAAAAUGCAGUCCAAAAUUAUGAAGAGAACACAGAUAAUGAAAUGGAAUACGAAGGAAACGAUCUCUACGUGGAAUCUAAGGAUAACUUGGUUGACAAUAAAGCACUGCUAAUGAGAAUGUACACAGAGGUGCAGUCCGAGCAGAAAGAGGAAUACGAACAGUCAGCGGAGGCCGCAAAGGAAGAGGGGAGCGGGAACGAAGUGGAGAGUGGAACCGAAGAAGAGAGUGGAAACGCAGAGGAAAGUGGUGCGGAAGCAGAGAGUGGAAACGAAGCGAAGAGUGGUGCCGAAUCGGAGAAUAACAAGCAUUCAACUGAGACUGGAGAACGGGUGAUCUCUUCCAAUGCCACAGCCAAAGUAGAGGCCGUCAUCGAGGAGUUUUAUCGCGCAAAGUUUGAGGAUAAGUUUCCAAGUGAUCUCAGUGGAUGUCCCCUAACGGCAGCCUUUCGUCCCUGGGAGCCUUACAUCUUUCGCAGCGGAGAGGAGCCCGUGGAGGACUACUACUACGGUGCGCAGGACGAAGGAGAUUACAAUCAGACAUCCAGCUAUGGGGAUCCGGGAGAGGAGAACUAUGCGGAUGCAGACUACGCGGACACCAGCGGCUUACUGGAUGCAGAUGCCGGCCAGGAUGGGACCAAGGCCAAGCUCAGCGGCAUUGAGUACCAGAUGGUGCAGACCAUUGCGGAGCGUCUGAAUGUGAACAUCGACAUGCAGGCGGAGAACACCAAUCUGUAUCAUUUGUUUCAGCAGCUAAUCGACGGCGAAAUCGAAAUGAUUGUGGGUGGCAUCGAUGAGGACCCCAGCAUUAGUCAGUUUGUGUCCAGUUCGAUUCCCUACCACCAGGACGAUCUCACGUGGUGCGUGGCACGGGCCAAGCGGAAGCACGGCUUCUUCAACUUUGUGGCCACCUUCAAUGCGGACACGGGCUGCCUGCUGCUGCUCUUCAUUGUCACCUGCUCCCUGGUGGUGCUGAUGGCGCAGCGGAUCAGCGGCUUCCGCUUGCGGAAUCUCAACAAUUACUUUGCCAUUUGGCUCCGAAUGUUGGGCAUACUCUUGACGCAGGCCAUGCCCGCGCAGACGCUGUCGUUUGUGCUGCGGCAGCUCUUUGCGCUCUCCUUUCUGAUGGGUUUCUUCUUCAGCAAUAUCUACCAGAGUUUUCUCAUAAGCACGCUCACCACGCCACGCAGCUCACAUCAGAUUGAGUCCCUGGAGGAGAUCUACAGCCAUCGCAUGACCAUCAUGGGCAGCUCAGAGAACGUUCGACAUUUGAACAAGGAGGGAGAGAUCUUCAAGUACAUUCGUGAAAAGUUCCAAAUGUGCUACAACAUCGUGGACUGCCUCAAUGAUGCCGCAAACAACGAGCACAUCGCAGUGGCCGUCUCCCGUCAGCAUUCCUUCUACAAUCCACGCAUUCCGCGCGAUCGCCUCUUCUGCUUCGAUCGCAGGGAGUCGCUCUACGUGUAUCUGGUCACCAUGCUGCUGCCCAAGAAGUAUCAUUUGCUGCACCAGAUUAACCCAAUCAUUCAGCACAUUAUCGAGUCGGGCCACAUGCAAAAGUGGGCACGCGAUCUGGACAUGAAGCGCAUGAUCCACGAGGAGAUCAAUCGCGUGCGCGAGGAUCCCUUCAAGGCGCUGACUCUGGCGCAGUUCCAUGGGGCGUUUGCCUUCUCCAGUGGCCUGCUCUUGAUCUCUUUUGGUGUUUUUCUCAUCGAGUGGGCAUAUGUCAAGUGUUUCUAUGCCAGAGCUCGGAGAUGA